AUGCCUCUGUUCUCACUCCACCAACAAUUUUCAAACUGUUUCUUCAUUUACCUACUUAUCCUAGCUUUCAAAGGGUUUAAAAUUUCAGCGACUACAUUUACGUUCAUCAACAAAUGCGAUCACACGGUAUGGCCAGGAAUUCUAGGAAAACCGGAUCUCGGAACAACCGGUUUCGAACUCAAAAGAGGAAACACACAAACCUUCCAAGCACCAACCGGCUGGUCCGGUAGACUCUGGGCAAGAACCGGUUGCAAAUUCGACGAUGCCGGUUACGGAGCUUGCUCAACCGGCGACUGUGGCUCCGGCCAAAUCAACUGCAACGGAAACGGCGCAACACCACCAGCAACACUAGCGGAAUUCACCUUAGGAACAACCUCCGCCGAUUACUACGACGUUAGUCUCGUCGACGGUUACAAUCUCCCGAUGAUAGUUGAAGCCAGCGGCGGUUCGGGUUUGUGUGAAGCCACUGGCUGCGGAGAGGAUCUUAAUAGAAGGUGUCCGUCGGAGUUGAGAGUGGAUGGUGGUGACGCGUGUAAUAGCGCGUGUGGCGCGUUUGGAAGCCCAGAGUAUUGUUGUAGUGGCGCGUUUGCUUCACCGUCGAGCUGUUCGCCGUCGGUUUAUUCGGAAAUGUUUAAAGCUGCUUGUCCGAAAUCUUAUAGCUACGCGUUUGAUGAUGCUACGAGCACUUUUACCUGUACUGCUGCUGCUGAUUAUACUCUCACAUUUUGUCCUUCUUCUUCUCCAAGUUUGAAAUCUUUGAUGGAGUCAGGGCCAAGAACAUCGGUAGAACAAGCAGCAGUAGCUACAAAAUCUUGGAUAGCCAAUUUGGCUAUAGGAGGCUCUACAAGAAUAAGCCAACCAUUUUCAACUUCCAUGUCUAUAUUUUUUGUAGUUAUCACUUUCAUUAUUUUUUAUUUAUAG